ACGCAAGUAGUCCCAAAGGACAUCAAACGGGUGGCUAUCACAAAGCCCCAUAGCCAAUCAGAACCCGCCAUGGAUAAAGCCACCUCCGUAGGCGAAGACACCUCCGUAGGCGAAGACACCUCCGCCACCAACCAAUCAGAAUCCCGCAACUUUAAAACCGGCCAAUCAUCGGUCGAAGAAUUCCCCGCACUCCCCGCGUUCCUCACGAGACCGAGUGUACCAGACACCGCGGGCGAGAGUUCGGGUGCGGAUAAGCCUACGAGACGAGAGUUCAACACAAAGAUAGACACCAUCGUACGCUAUCUUUUAUACCUUAAACACAGCAGCCCUGGCACUAAGUCCAUUGUGUUCAGUCAGUGGCAGGAGUCGCAUAGGAUCAUCGGGCGAGCACUAAAGGCAGCCAACGUCAAGUACGUGGAUCUCAAUGGACCUCAGAAGAACAUUGCCAUCCGCCAGUUCAACAUCGACCCCACUAUAACUGUGUUUCUGUUGUCGGGUAAACAGCAGG